GUUUCAUGUUCUUGGUAGGACUGACUGGUGGCAUUGGAUCAGGCAAGAGCACUGUUACGUCACUAUUACGUAAUCAUGCAGUCACGGUAUUCGAUUUAGACGAAUAUGCACGCUUAGUGGUACAGAGAGGAGAACCAGCUUUGACUCAGAUCGCGAAACUUUUUGGUCCAGACGUCCUUUUGCCUGAUGGAAAUUUAGACAGACCAAAAUUAGGUAAAAUUAUAUUCGCGGAUGAAUCGAAACGAAAAAGCUUGAACGCUAUUGUGCACCCAGCCAUUUAUCGUCGCCUUUAUUUUGACCUUUUUGUUUGUUUUCUGAAAGGGAAACAGUUCGCUGUAUUGGAUGUCCCUUUAUUAUUCGAGACAAAGCGAAUCUUGAGUAUUCUUAAUUGCACUAUUGUUGUUUGGUGUCGUAGAGACCAACAAGUCGAAAGGUUAAAAGGCCGAAACGCAGAUUGGUCAGGUGAGGAAGUUGAAAAUAGAAUCAAUGCUCAAAUCUCAUUGGAUGAAAAGAGAGCAUAUGCGGAUCAUGUUAUUCUAAAUGAUGGACCAAUGGAAAAUCUUCUACCUCAAGUGGAAAAAGUGAUUGAAGUUAUGAAAAAAAGGAAAAGUCACUGGAAAUUUAGACUAAUAGCCAUAUCAGCUGUAACUGGACUAUGUCUCAUUACAUAUACUGCACUAAAUUAUGUCAGAAAUUGGGCACUAUAAUAUCUAUUUUGUUAUAUAUU